AUGGAGUGAACCAUCUGAUUCAGAGAGUAUAGUUCCUGAGGAAACAACAAUAAGUUGAUCAAUGGUAAAAGAACAUCUCAAUAUGAAGAUACUAAAGUGAUUCCAAAGAUCUUGACAGAAUGUGGGCAUACCUACUGUUCAUACUGAUUAGGCCAGGUUGCACAAAACAAUUGUAUCUAUUGCCCUUUGUGUCAUGAAAGGAAUUACAUAAUCAAGGUCAUGGACUUGCCCACUAAUUUUGCACUCUUACAAGCUGUUGAGGGAUGGAAAGAUACUAUACAAGAAUUAGAGAAAAUCAAGAAGGAGACAGGACACUUUUGAGAACAAAAGGACCUAGAUAGAUCAUGGAGGAAACUAGAGAAAGAUCUCCAACCUGCUGCUCUUAAUAACCAAGAUCAAUAUGCAUCUGGAAUUAUUCAACAGAAAGGUGACUUAGAAAAUCAUCAAUAUGCUUUUGAAGAAAUUAAGCCCAAAAACUAUCUUUUUAAAGAGGAGACUAUCUCUGACUCGAUGCCUGAGGAGGAAGAGAAAGCGGGCUGAUUCAGUCAUGCUUUCAGAGAUGAUCCUCAAAGCAUUCUGCCUCCUCUCAAAGAAGAAAGUAAGGAUAUUUCUUUGUCGUCUGAAAGUUUCGAGUCUCAGAAACGAAACAGAGUUGCAUCACUCUUGCAUAACAAUGAAAGUAACAGAAUGUCAGAAAAUAUUUGAAAAUUCUGAGAUUUCAAUAACAAAGAGGGAUUCGUGAGAUGCACAUAUUGAAGAAAGCCAAAGAGCAUGAGAAACAGGGAGGCUGCCAGAAGAAUCGAAAAUGAUAGAGAAAUAGCUUCUCCGAUCAAUAUGAUAAGAGGAUCGAUUCCUCCCAGUGACGAAAUAAGAACACUGUUGGAUCACGAUAAUCGAAUCUGGUACUGAAGAUACUGCUGUAUAGUUAAUAAGUUUAAGAAGAUCUGAACACAAUGUAGAACCUCAAAAGAAGAAGCUGAUUAUAGAUUUGCUUAUUUCCAAUAUUAAAAUCACCUCCUAUUUUAUGGUCAGAAUCUUCCAUAAAUUCUUGUUAAAAAUAAGUCUCAACC